GGACAAGAAAGGCUCAGUGAUAAUGCAAGACAAGAACUUAAUACACGUGAAAAUUUCGAUGUGUUAACAACCAAUUUAAGAUAUAUAUACAUGUUUUUAGAUAUAGUAUAUUCUUUCACUGUAAUGAAAUUCGGACUCCCUGGCAAACAAUUAUCUGAAAAUCUUUUUAUUAUCCUA